AUAAUCAAGUAUAAAAAUAUUUACAUAAACCCUCUUUUUAAAAUUAUUAAUAAUUCCUUAAUUAAAUUACCAUCUCCAAAAAACAUUUCUCUUAUAUGAAAUUUUGGUUCUAUUCUAGGUUUAUGUCUAAUUAUUCAAAUUUUAAGAGGAUUAUUUUUAGCUAUACACUAUGUUCCUAAUACACAAAUAGCUUUUCAAAGAGUUAUUCAUAUUUGUCGAGAUGUAAAUAUAGGAUGAAUAAUCCGAAUUCUACAUGCAAAUGGAGCUUCCAUAUUUUUUGUUUGCUUAUUUAUCCAUAUUGGACGAGGAAUCUAUUAUGAAUCAUUUUUUCUUAUUGAAACUUGAAAUUUAGGAGUCAUUAUUUUUUUACUUACUAUAGCUUCAGCUUUUUUAGGAUAUGUUUUACCUUGAGGACAAAUAUCUUUUUGAGGAGCAACAGUCAUUACAAAUCUUCUUUCAGCAAUUCCUUACUUAGGACAAAUAUUAGUCUAUUGAAUUUGAGGAGGUUUUUCAGUUGAUAACUCAACUCUAAAUCGAUUCUUCGUUUUUCAUUUUAUUCUACCAUUUAUUGUUUUAGUAAUAGUAAUCUUUCAUUUAUUCUUUUUACAUAUAAAAGGCUCUAAUAAUCCUUUAGGGACUUCUAGAAAAACUUUUAAAAUCCCGUUUAGGCCAUAUUUUAGAUUAAAAGAUUUAAUAGGAUUUAUAUUAUUUUUUUUUUUAAUUAUUUUUAUCGUUUCUUUUUACCCAUAUUACUUAGGAGAUCCUGAUAACUUUUCAAUUGCAAAUUCUAUAGUGACUCCAAUUCAUAUUAAACCAGAAUGAUAUUUUUUAUUUGCUUAUGCAAUUUUACGUUCAAUUCCUAAUAAGUUAGGAGGUGUAAUUGCAUUACUUAUAUCAAUUUUAAUUUUGAUAUUUUUGCCCUUUAUAAAAAAAAACAAAAAAACUCAAGGAAGUCAAUUUUGCUUAAAAAAACAAAUUUUAUUUUGAACUUUAGUAAUAUCUUUUUUUUUAUUAACAUGAAUUGGAGCACGACCUGUAGAAGAACCCUUUGUUCUUAUUGGACAAGUCCUAACCAUCAUUUAUUUUAGACUUUUUUUUUUGAUUACUUCCUAA